GCCCCGAGAGGCAUGCCGGCGGCCGCUCCGAUCAGGCACAACGGCGGGCAGCCCCCGCGGAGCUCGGCACUCGGGUCCUCGCCGGGCCGCCGCCAGCGCGCCGCUCUGGGGCUGGAGCCCGGCUGGAGCCCAAGGGCAGCUACGGGGCCGCGGAGGCCGAGGGCGCCGCGGAGGCCAGCCCCUCCCGCGCGGUUCCGCCGCCUUAAGGAUGACCACCCUCCGGCACCCUCCAAGUUGGAGCUGCCAGUGGUGGCCAGUCCUGGUGCUGCUGCUGGGCACCGGCUCCCGGUCCGGGGUGGAAGGCACCACACACUACAAGACCGGCGAUCCCGUCAUUCUCUAUGUCAACAAGGUGGGACCCUACCAUAACCCUCAGGAGACGUACCACUACUACCAGCUCCCUGUGUGCUGCCCUGAGAAGAUCCGGCACAAAAGCCUGAGCCUGGGAGAAGUGCUGGACGGGGACCGCAUGGCCGAAUCUCUGUACGAGAUCCGGUUUCGGGAGAAUGUGGAGAAAAGGGUCCUGUGCCACAUGCAGCUCACCUCUGCACAGGUGGAGCAGCUGCGCCAGGCCAUCGAGGAACUGUACUACUUUGAAUUUGUAGUGGAUGACUUGCCCAUUCGUGGCUUUGUGGGCUACAUGGAGGAGAGUGGCUUCUUGCCUCACAGUCACAAGAUAGGACUCUGGACCCAUUUGGACUUCCACCUCGAGUACCACGGAGACCGAAUCAUCUUUGCCAAUGUCUCCGUGAGGGACGUCAAGCCCCACAGUUUAGAUGGGUUGCGACCUGAUGAGUUCCUAGGCCUCACCCACACUUACAGUGUGCGCUGGUCAGAGACUUCAGCAGAACGUCGGAGUGACAGGCGCCGGGGGGAUGAUGGCGGCUUCUUUCCCCACACGCUGGAAAUCCACUGGUUGUCCAUCAUCAAUUCCAUGGUGCUUGUGUUUUUAUUGGUGGGCUUUGUGGCCGUCAUUCUCAUGCGUGUACUUCGGAAUGACCUAGCUCGGUACAACUUGGAUGAGGAGACCACUUCUGGAGGUGCUGGUGACGACUUUGACCAAGGGGACAACGGCUGGAAAAUCAUCCAUACAGACGUCUUCCGCUUUCCUCCAUACCGUGGGCUGCUUUGUGCUGUGCUUGGUGUGGGUGCCCAGUUCCUGGCCCUUGGCACUGGCAUUAUUGUCAUGGCGCUGCUGGGCAUGUUCAAUGUGCACCGCCACGGGGCCAUUAACUCAGCAGCCAUCUUGUUGUACGCCCUCACCUGCUGCAUUUCGGGCUACGUGUCCAGCCACUUCUACCGGCAGAUUGGAGGCGAGCGCUGGGUGUGGAACAUCAUUCUCACUACCAGUCUCUUCUCUGUGCCUUUCUUCCUUACAUGGAGUGUGGUGAAUUCGGUACACUGGGCCAACGGUUCGACACAGGCUCUGCCAGCCACCACAAUUCUGCUGCUUCUGACGGUCUGGCUGCUGGUGGGCUUUCCUCUCACCGUCAUCGGCGGCAUCUUCGGCAAGAACAACGCUAACCCCUUCGAUGCACCUUGUCGUACCAAGAACAUUGCCCGGGAAAUCCCGCCUCAGCCCUGGUACAAGUCUACACUCAUCCAUAUGACUGUUGGCGGCUUCCUGCCUUUCAGUGCCAUCUCGGUGGAGCUGUACUACAUCUUCGCCACGGUGUGGGGCCGGGAGCAGUACACGCUGUACGGCAUCCUCUUCUUCGUCUUCGCCAUCCUGCUGAGCGUCGGGGCCUGCAUCUCCAUCGCGCUCACCUACUUCCAGCUGUCGGGCGAGGACUACCGCUGGUGGUGGCGCUCGGUGCUGAGCGUGGGCUCCACGGGCCUCUUCAUCUUCCUCUACUCGCUCUUUUACUACGCGCGGCGCUCCAACAUGUCCGGGGCCGUGCAGACGGUGGAGUUCUUCGGCUACUCGCUGCUCACCGCCUACGUCUUCUUCCUCAUGCUGGGCACCAUCUCCUUCUUCUCCUCCCUCAAGUUCAUCCGCUACAUCUACGUGAACCUCAAGAUGGACUGAGAUCCGGGGUGGGCGGCGCCUGGCUUCCCCCCUGCCACACACACACCCAGCUCCUCAUCCCGCCAGCUCCUCCGGCAGAGCCACCGAACUGGGGGUGGCGUCGUGGCCUUCCUUCCCUUUUGUCCUCCUCUGGGCCUCCCUGUCCCCGGGAGCCGGCCUGGACGCGAUCCAUCUCAGACAUAAGGAGUGUCUAUCGGAACUGCUAA